AUGGACCGCCAGGGGGCGUUGAUUGGCGCACAGCGUAUCCUCCCCAAGCCCCGCCCCCGGCGGCGCCUUCUAAAUACGUCCUUCCGCUCACUUCCUCCUCUUUUCUCUUCUCCGCCAUCCUAUGUGCGGGUGAGGUCUGUCCUCACCAUGUCUUCUCACAAGACUUUCAGGAUCAAGCGAUUCCUGGCCAAGAAGCAAAAGCAGAAUCGUCCCAUUCCUCAAUGGAUUCGAAUGAAAACUGGCAAUAAAAUUAGGUACAACUCCAAGAGAAGACAUUGGAGAAGAACCAAGCUGGGUCUAUAA